AUGAGUGAUAAAAUUCUUAAGAUUGUUGGUCGUUAUAUAUACGAUAGUCGUGGUAAUCCAACAGUUGAAGUUGAUCUUUGGACAAGCAAAGGUCUUUUCCGUGCUGGUGUACCAUCUGGUGCUUCAACUGGUAUCUAUGAAGCACUUGAAUUACGUGAUGGUGAUAAAUCAGUACAUCAUGGAAAAGGUGUUGAAAAAGCCGUAGCUAAUGUACAAACAUUGGGUAAAAUGGUUGUUGAAAAAGGUUUUGACGUUACACAACAAAAAGAAAUUGAUGAUUUUAUGAUUCAACAAGAUGGAACAGAUAGUAAAAAAAAAUAUGGUGCCAAUGCUAUUCUUGGUAUUUCAAUUGCCGUAUGCAAAGCUGGUGCGGCACAUAGUAAUUUACCUUUAUAUCAAUAUAUUGCUAAGCUUUCAAAUUCAAGCAUGCGACUACCAGUACCUGCAUUUAAUGUCAUUAAUGGUGGUAGUCAUGCUGGUAAUAAACUUGCUAUGCAAGAAUUUAUGCUCUUACCAACCGGAGCUAAAACAUUUAAAGAAGCUAUGCGUAUGGGUUCAGAAGUUUAUCAUCAUUUAAAAAAUUUAAUCAAAGCCGAAUAUGGCCUUGAUGCAACUAAUGUUGGUGAUGAAGGUGGUUUUGCACCAAACAUUGAAAAUGCUGAUAAAGCUCUUGAUAUUCUUGUCAAAGCCAUUGAUAAAGCAGGUUAUAAUGGUAAAAUUAAAAUUGGUAUGGAUGUUGCAGCCAGUGAAUUUUUUGAUGAACAACAAAAAAAAUAUGAUUUAAAUAAUAAAGAAAAAGGCAAUCCACACUAUUUAACAAGUGACCAAUUAGUUGCUUAUUAUCUUGAACAAAUUGGAAAAUAUCCAAUUAUAUCAAUUGAAGAUGGUUUUGAUCAAGAUGAUUGGAGUGGUUUUCAAACACUUCUUAAUGGUGUUAAGGGCAAAGCUGUACAACUUGUUGGUGAUGAUUUAACAGUAACGAACGUAAAACGAAUUCAAAUGGCUAUUGAAAAGACAGCAUGUGAUUGUCUUUUACUCAAAGUUAAUCAAAUUGGUUCAGUUUCUGAAGCCAUUGCAGCAUGUACAAUGGCUCGUGGUGCUGGCUGGGGUGUUAUGGUUAGCCAUCGUAGUGGUGAAACCGAAGAUACUUUUAUUGCUGAUCUUGUUGUUGGCCUAGGCACUGGACAGAUCAAAACUGGUGCACCAUGUCGUUCUGAACGUUUAGCCAAAUACAAUCAAUUAUUACGUAUUGAAGAAGAACUCGGCAGUAAUGCAACAUAUGCUGGCGAAGAUGCUUUCAAAAAAAACUAG